AUGGAAAGGAACCUGAAGAACGUCCUCGUGCUCUCCUUGGGGUUUCUGCUGCUCUUCACUGCCUACGGAGGGCUGCAAAGUCUGCAGAGCAGCCUGUACAGUGAGGAGGGCCUGGGUGUGGCGGCGCUCAGCACGCUCUACGGCGGCAUGCUGCUGUCCUCCAUGUUCCUGCCGCCCGUCCUCAUCGGGAAGCUCGGCUGCAAGUGGACCCUCGUGCUCGCCAUGUGCUGCUACGUGGCCUUCUCCCUCGGCAACUUCUACGCCAGCUGGUACACUUUGAUCCCCACCUCCAUCCUGGUGGGACUCGGGGCCGCCACGCUGUGGUCUGCACAGGGCACCUACCUCACCAUCGUGGGGAACAUGCAGGCGCAGAAGACAGGACAAGUCGGCAAAGACGUGGUCAACCAGUACUUCGGCAUCUUCUUUCUCAUAUUCCAGUCGUCCGGUGUGUGGGGCAACCUGAUCUCAUCUCUCGUGUUCGGCCAGACGCCCACUCAAGGGACCAUCCCGGAGGAGCAGCUGCAGACCUGCGGGGCCAGCGACUGCCUGAUGGCCGUGGCGUCCACCAACAGCACGAGGCGGCCCUCCCAGGACCUCAUCUACACGCUCAUGGGCAUCUACACAGGGUGCGGCUUCCUGGCGGUCCUGCUCACAGCUGUGUUUCUGGAACCCGUAAAAGAUGCUGGGCCGGAAGGUGACAGCGAGAAGCGGGCGACUCCUUUCUGGUCCACUUUGCUGUCGACGUUUAAGCUGCUCAGAGACAAGCGCCUGCGUCUCCUGAUCCUGCUGCCGAUGCUCAGCGGGUUCGAGCAAGCCUUCCUGUCGGGCGACUACACACGGUCCUACGCCACCUGCGCCCUGGGGAUCCAGUUCGUGGGCUACGUGAUGAUCUGCUUCGGGGCCGUCGACGCCCUGUGCUCCGUGCUCUUCGGGAGGCUGGCCCGGCACACCGGCAGGAUCGCGCUCUUCAUGCUGGGGGCCGUGACCCAGCUGGCCUGCAUCAUCGCCCUCCUGCUGUGGAAGCCACACCCCAGCCAGCUGCCCGUGUUCUUCGUGUUCCCCGGCCUCUGGGGCAUGGCUGACGCGGUCUGGCAGACACAGAACAACGCUCUCUUCGGGGUCCUGUUUGAGAAGAACAAGGAGGCCGCCUUCGCCAACUACCGCCUCUGGGAAGCCCUGGGCUUCGUCAUUGCCUUCGGAUACAGCACGUUUCUGUGCGUCAGCGUCAAGCUGUGCGUCCUCCUGGGCGUGCUGGGCGCCGCCAUGGCUGCCUACGGGGCCGUCGAGUACCUGGAGCCCAGGAAGGCGGUCGGGCCGCUGGCCGCGGCCCGGACAGCGCCCGCCGAGGCGGCGGUGACACAGACGAAGCUGUGA